UGUUACCCAGCAGCCUCUUCGGCAGUCCCGCCCGCUCUUCUCAGCACAGUUUCCCAGGUGUCUCCUUGGUGGCUCUCAGCGGAAGUUUGCUGCUAAAGACUUGGAGAUGGAGGAGUGGGAUGUGGAGGAGAAGCUGCCGAUCGCUAAGGAGGAGGUGGAGGCUGCGAGCAGCGGGGGCGGCGGCGAAGACGAGGACGACGAAGAGGAGGCGCUGCCUCACGCCGAGGUGGUGGACGUGUUUCAGGAGGGGCUCGCCAUGAUCGUUCAGGAUCCGCUGCUCUGCGACCUGCCUAUCCAGGUCACUUUGGAGGAGAUAAAUUCUCAGAUAGCUCUGGAAUAUGGCCAAGCAAUGACUGUCAGAGUUUGCAAAGUGGAUGGAGAAGUGAUGCCUGUUGUUGUGGUGCAAAAUGCCACAACCUUGGACCUAAAGAAGGCUAUUCAGAGAUAUGUACAGCUCAAACAGGAGCGGGAAGGAGGCAUACAGCAUAUCAGUUGGUCAUAUAUAUGGAGAACAUACCAUCUCACUUUUGCUGGAGAGAAGCUGACUGAAGAUGGGAAGAAACUCCGAGAGUAUGGCAUCCGAAACCGAGAUGAGGUCUCCUUUAUCAAAAAACUGAGGAACAAAUGAGGGUUCAACCAAUCCAAGACCAGGAGUUUUGCUACUGUGCCGAGAUAUUUUCACCCAGCCCUGAACAUGACCGGAGAGAAACAGGAUGUCAAGACAUAGGGCUAGCUCCCAAGGAGCAAGAAGACUUGGAACUUGGUGCCUUGGGUGUGAGCUGCCUGCUGUUUUCAUUGUGUUUGCCACCUGUCCUUCCUCCGCACUUGAUGAUGUAUUUGAACCCUGUGGACUUCUGUUUUGGGUAAAACAAGGGAAAUGGGCUACAAUUUCUAUACACCCUAUUUCUGUUGAUGAGAGGCACUGUGUCCUUUUGCUCUCUAGUGUCCAGAAGCAUCUCUUCUCAUGCUGGUGAGCUUUGGGCCACUUUUUUCCUGAUGUGACUCGGCUUCCCCUUGCCCAUUUCCCACCAUGUUCCUACCUUCCUUCAGUUCUAAAACAUAAUCAUUUUGCCCUGUCCUCAACCCUAGUCUGAAUGACCUCUUGAAAAGCUAGUCUGAGCCUUCCACAAUUUUGUGGCUCUAUACUAUCCCAGUGCCCCCAAUA